AGUUUACGCUAUGUGUCUUUUGUACAAGAAUAUGUUGUUUAUCAAUGAAAACAAGAUUUUGGUUUCAAUACAAGACCAUGUCUCCAGCAGUUUCCUCACCAAAAUGGCUAAGCAAUUGUGCUCGAGUACUCUACUCAAUCAUAUGUUUCGUUGUUUUCCUCAUAUUUGACCUUCUUGAUGCUGUUUUCUGCGUUAUCUAUAGAUACCUUGAUGAACGCAUUGAAGGGGAGGCCUCCCCUUGUUGCUGCUCUAACAGCAAAAGGCAAAAUAAGAAGAAGAUUUAUGUGACAAAUGAUGAAGAUGAUGGUCUAUCAGAUAGCCUGUAUGAAAGGAAGAGCAUUUUCAGAGAAUUGGGUUUCCUACUACUUGGGAGAAAAAGGGAAAAUUCCAAUAGAAAAUGUAGUAAAGGUUUUGGAAGGUCAGUGAACCGUUGGUCUGAUUGUGGGUGUGAGUCUUGCCUUUCAUGGGUGAAUGAUGGUGAUUAUAAACUUCAUUUUGUUAUGAGGGAGCGCUUAAUUGAAACUGGUGAGAAUUGCAGGGGAUACCCUUCUGAGAAUGUUAUAUUCUUGCAUGGAUUUCUUUGUUCUUCCUCAUUUUGGUCACAGACAGUGUUUCCACAUUUUUCUGAGAAAGUAAAUCAUAACUACCGUUUGAUUGCACUAGACCUGCUGGGAUUUGGCAAGAGCCCAAAGCCAAGAGAUUGCUUGUACACUUUGAAGGAUCAUGUGGAAAUGAUUGAGAAAUCUGUUAUUCAACCAUUGCAAUUAAGUAAUUUCCAUUUGGUUGCACACUCUAUGGGUUGCAUAAUUGCAUUGGCCUUGGCUGCAAAGUACCCCAAGAGUGUAAAAUCAAUCACCCUUGUUGCACCUCCAUACACUUCUUCUGAGGGAAACAAUGCUUGUUUAAAUGCACUUGCAAUGCUUGCAGGAAAAAAAUUGUGGCCCGCAUUAUCAUUUGGUUCAUCAUUUAUGUCAUGGUAUGAGCACUUGGGUCGAACUGUUUGCUUUGUCUUUUGCAGAAACCACAGGAUAUGGGAGAGGAUUCUAAAACUCAUUACUCGCAAGAGGGAUCUUCAUUUUUUGACCAUAGACUUGACUAGGCACACACAUCAAUCGGCUUGGAGUUCCAUGCAUAAUGUGAUAUGUGGGGGAGCCAAAUUUAUGGAUAGUUACUUGAUAAUUUUGACCAAAGGUGGAGUUAGAAUAAAUGUUACUCAAGGUGAUAAAGAUCAAGUUGUCCCAAUGGAGUGUUGUAGUAACUUCAAGUUGAAGGCUCCAAAUGCUGAAAUUAACAUCAUUCCAAAUGCUGAUCACAGCACUGUAAUCUUUGGCAGAGAGAAGGAAUUUGCACAUAGUCUAGAGCAUACAUGGACAUCUUGCUGUUGAUAGAAGUAAAUUUCAAUGGUGAAACAUGGGAAUUUCUUGGGUUAUUGGUGAGUCAUGUAACUUUAGUCCUUUUGAGUUAGGGAUAUGUGUAGAAGUUGUGUAGAAUGGAUUAGAGUUAUGUGUAAUGGAUUGGAAUCAUUCACAAUAAAUGUUGAAUGAGAAAUGAAAUAGAAGAAAGAUUACAACAUA